AUGUGCUCUUUGUUUCAGACGCAAAUGAACGCGAUGCUCAAUGUGCAAACGAUGUUCGGCGGCGCAGCGUCGGCGCCGUCGAAAGAGCGCCGAAAGCGUCGACGCGGCGAAAUCGCGAAUCCGUCGAACACGCUCGACGCGUUGGUGGCGCGCAAAGCCGACGACGAGCAGCCGUUCGAGAAGCGCUAUCUCAGCGAGCACGAGGCCAUCGAGGGUCCCGACGAUGAGAUCGAGAUGAAGAAGAUGGAAAUGGAUCCCGACGUGUCGACGCGCACGUGCUCCACGUGCGGCUAUCAAGGCAAAUGGGUGUCGGAGAUGAUACGCCAUAAGCGUGUUCACACCAGCGAGCGGCCGUUCAAAUGCCGCUAUUGCUCGCGAACCAGCAAAUGGAAGGCGGAUCUGAUUCGUCACGUCGCCAAGACGCACGGCAUUCGCGUCGUCUCCAAGUACAGCCGAUCGAAGGUGUUCGACGCGAGCGGCGUCGACCAGCCGAUCGACGUCAAACAACGCGCGAUGACCUAUCGGUGCGCGUUGUGCGCGUUCGACGACGAGCGCGUCUCGAUCGUCAAUCGGCACGUCGCCGCCGCGCACUUCACGUCGCCGUGCGUCUGCCGUUGCGGCGCCAACUUCGACGACAUCCCGUCGGCGUUGAAUCACGCGGCCGCCGGCGUCUGCCGACACAACGACAUCGUCUUCAACGUGAUGCCCAAUUACGACAAAUCGUCGCCGCUCUCGCCGUGCCAAAGCGAGACGUCGUCGGACAGCGGCAUUCACACCGAUCGCGACGACGACCUACCAUCGCCGAUCGCCGCUGCGUCGACAAUCAUCCAGCCGGUGCCGAUUCUCACGCCAUUGGUGUCGCUCUAUCUGGCGUCAAUUCUCCAAUCCACCAUUAGCCUCACACCAACCGUCGUCAAUUAUUCCGCACCAGAAUCGCAAGAAGAGGACAUCGACGUCGUCAUGUAG